GAGGAGGAGAAACACCUUACAACAGCUCAACAUGGACGAUGAAGUGUUUGACCAGAUUGUGACCGUGUUCAACUCGCUGGUGUCAUGGGUUGCUGCUGGUGCCAUGGUGUUUGGUGGGGUGGUGCCUUACAUCCCCCAGUACAGAGACAUUCGCCGCUCGCAAAACGCAGAGGGCUUCUCCACGUAUGUGUGCCUGGUCCUUCUGGUGGCAAACAUCCUGAGGAUACUCUUCAGAUUCGGCCGCUACUUUGAGACGCUGCUGCUGUGGCAGAGCAUCAUCAUGAUCGCCACCAUGCUGAUCAUGCUCAACUUGUGCACCAACGUCCGCAUGGCCACUGAUCUCAACACCAAGAGACGCUCCUUUAUAGACUUUGACUGGAACUACUUUUGGUCGUGGAGUCACUUCAUGGACUACAUGCAGUGCGUGUUGGCCUUCACGCUGGUGGCGGCCUACGUCACCUACCUCCUUCUGGACUCUGCAUUGUUUGUGGAGAGCCUGGGCUUCCUGGCUGUCUUCACUGAAGCAAUGCUGGGCACACCGCAACUCCACUGCAAUUAUCAGAACAAAUCCACAGAGGGCAUGAGUAUCAAGAUGGUGCUGAUGUGGACCAGCGGUGACACCUUCAAAACAGGUUACUUUCUGCUGACCCAGGCUCCUGUGCAGUUCUGGACAUGCGGCCUGCUGCAGGUUGGCGUGGACUUUGCCAUCCUGUUCCAGGUUUAUUACUACAGUCGCUUCCCACAGAAACCUCUGUCCCACACCGUCUCCCACACCACCAGUGCCAAAGCCCUCUGAAAGCCUCCGCAUGCUUUCCGAGGACAUCUCAGUGCUCAAAAACAGCAGUGAGGAAGCAAAUUCACAGAAGCUUUGGACAUGUAUAAACAUACAUGGGUGCCGAAGCACCUUGAUAUGAUGCAGGCUGCUCACCCUCACCAUCAUGUAUACAUGAAGACGCAUACACACCCAUAAAUAAGGCAUGAACAUACACAGACACUCAGUAUUGUUGGUGUCUGCACCCAUGCCUCAAGGACACUUGUUACAAACUUGACCGUUUUCUUUUAUUUAUUAUCCUACUGACCUAUUCUCAAUGCGGUAGUAUGCUUGUCUUGAAAUGCAGACAUCUCAGAGAAUAUAUCCUUGAAUCAACCUGUGCAUGCAGAAGUCAUUGCACUGAAAUCUGCGCUCAAGGAAUCGGGGACCAGAUUUGUUGUCCACAUACACAUAGGAUUGUUGCAUGGACCCUCUGCCUUAAAAACACACUUUCAAACAUGGCUUUGCUGCAUUACCAGCAAUAACAAAUGUAUGAAUCAAUCAAAAAAAUACUGAAUGUACAAAAUGGCAUUAGUUAUUUUGUUGUUUUUUCCCAACACGGUGUAGAAAUGCUGGUCAGUCUACCACUUGUUGGGCAGAUGGUCACCAUAUGCUGUGACACACAGGCUUAACGUCUUGCGAUAAUACAGGAGCUGAACUGUUAGAAACCAGAGGCAAUCAGAUGUUACCAAAAGAAGAAGAAUCCCAAAGGCUUGGAGAUGCUUUGUGUUGGCUUCUAAACAACUGGUCGUAAAUAUUUAAGAUGAGAACAUCUAUCGUUGUAAAAGACAUGAAAGUAGUUUUACAUGUGAAGCCAGUAUUGUUGGAAGAAGAAGUGUCAAAUUAUACACAACAUCAUGAAACACUGACAUCAUGAGCAGGUUUCAGCCUGUAUGGUUGUUGAAGGCCAAAUCCAAGAUUUUUGUAUUGAAGCUGUAAUCACAUAUUGUAUAUUAUUUUGAUCAUUUUCAUGCAACAAAUUCCAAGAAUCAAGAAUCAGUUUAUCCACCAGAUCCGAGGAUUCUGUUUAGACUUAAAGUGAAGCACAUUUUUUACACAGAGCAAUCGCACACAAAGCUAAUGACACAAGCGGGCUGCAAAUUAGCUUUAGGCAGCACAAACUGAAGAGCAGACAUGUUGUGCUUAUAUUAAGUUAUGAAUCUUUUUCAUAAAGAUACAGACUAAAGGAAAAUAAUAAGGAAUUCCUGAUCACACAAACUCACAAACACUCGGUCAGUUCAUACAUUGCUAGCUAGCAACGACAACGUUCCAGUGGUCAACACCAGACACAGUUUAAUUUACCUUCAGUUUGAACAAAUCUUUUGGAUGAAAGCAGCAUUUUCACCCAUGAUCUUCAGGUUAGCAGUUCCUUAAAAGAAAAUUCUGGUUUAUUACAACUUGAUGCUGUAUUCAGGCAUUUCUAGCAGAAUGGGAAGAACAGAAUAAACACCUGAUUCAGGAGUGUUUACGCAUUGGUUCCCCCAAAUGCUAGCCUUGUAGUCACCAUAUUUUGUUGUGUUAUGUUUUCAUAGCACUUCAGUAACAAGUGCAACCACAAAGGUGUAAUCCCUAAUGAAGAAGUUAGAUUUUAUGUAGAUGUAACUGCCAGCGAUUUUGACUUUGCAGCAAUUUUGCCGUCAGUUUGUUGACACUUGUGUAUUGCAGCUGUCAAAAACUCCAGAUAUCUUUGACUCUGUAAUUAUAAUUUGGAGGCUGACAUGAGCAUUUUUUCCCACUUGACUACACGGAUUGCUGUCUAAACAUAGACAUGAAUGCAGCAUUAUUUUUGUUUUAGCCAUCAUUCUUAUUCAUAAAAAGGAUAAUAUAGUCUCCAAAUUAGAGAUAAUUGCUCAUUAGCAAUAAGAAUGAUAGCAGAAUUGUAAUAAACAAGGUUUUACAGACUUCUGAAUAUACUCCGUAUAAUCAUAUCUUCACCUCCAUCAUGUUGGCAGUGACCGGCCAGUUUAUUAUUGUAUAUUACAAAUCUAAUAACAUCCCCUGAUAUCCCUGCUCAUGACUCCACAUCACUGUGUGGUUCUGCUUUGGGCGGCUUGUACUCAUCUCCAUUUUGUCUUGUGAAAUUAAUUUCCUGUUCAGGAGGAGGAGUAUGAGCCAUGUAAUGUACCCGCAGUGAAUCUUUUCUUUGUUAUUGUUGCUGUUUUGUAAUUUUUCUCUGGGGGAGGAAGAAAUGCCAAAACCGGGAGGUGUACGACUGUCAGCCCUUCACUGAACUGUGUACCAGAGCAGACCUGAUUCUGUCCUCCUCUUCUAAGCCUCAAGAAGUGGAAAACCUCCCUUUUAUUCCAGUGGGACAGGCCAAGAGUUUUCUAUGAAUAUUUCUUUCACUGCUCUUAAAUAUUCAAAAUGUUGGAGAAUGACUCUUUAGUUUAUUAGUAAUGGAGGUGCACUGUUUGUGUCCAAAACCUGUUUAGCAGCCCUAUGAAUAUUUAUUUUGUUAUCCUUUUUUCUACUUUUCAGAUGCCAUUGUAGGAUAGUGUAUGACUGUUCUUUAUUUUAGACAGUGGUCAGGGUGGCUGUGUCGUGUGGGUAAUGUGAGAUACCUGACAGGUUCUUGUGUUCAACAGGAUCAAAAUGACCUCAGUUACACUUUAUUCACUGUUUCAUCCCAUGUAUCUGGUUUUACUUCACUUUAUGUUACAUGUUUUGUAUUAUUUGUCUUGUCCUUUCUUCUUUUUUUUGCUUUGUGAUGGUAUUUGUCCAUUAAUAACUGCCAAGUUUUGCGUUUUGUCAUCUGUGACACCCAGACCUAGUUUAUGUACCAAAAAUAUCAUUACCUGUAUGUUUAAAAAAAAAAAAAAAAAGUCAUUUCCAUUUUUUUUAAAUGUAAUUUUUCUAUUAAUGCAUCAGUUGUUCACUUCUGUAACUAAUGACAUCCAUUAAUUAAUUAAUGGUGAAAAUCUACCAUGGCAUUAUCACCCAAUAAAGAGGAAAC